AGAGUCUCUGAAAACUCGAAACUCUUAUCCAACAAUCGAAUCAUUGUUCGAACCCAAAUUCUGAUUUAGUUUUUCUUCUGAGUUUCGUGGGAAAGGUCUCGACUUUGGAGGCAAAUGACGACUCUUUAUCCUUGUCACUUGCUCUCUACUUCGACCCACCUCCAGGUCUCUGCCAAAUUGGCCCUUUACAAUAAACCUCCCCAUUCCAUUCAUGGGUCGUCCAAGAAGGGUUUGGCGCAGUUUAGUCAAGUGCAUUCCUUUUGUCCAAGUGUUAAGCCUUCUUAUUUGCUUCAGAAUUCCCGGUACAGUAUCUCCUGUGCUAUGAAUAUGACUGCUGGACAGUCUGAUGACCAUGGACAGCUAAAAUUUGAUCAGCUGAUUGCUAAAUCAAGAAAGUUGUGGGAGAGUUCUCCGCAGCCAGUCAAAAUAUUCCCUUGGAAAAGAGCAGGGUUCAACUUUAUUCAACUCAUUGUUGACCUUGUACUAGCGGUUGUAAAGUACUUAUGUGUACCUCUGCUAGCAGUUUCCUCCCUCAGUGAGAUGUCCUACUGCGCACAGGAAAGGAAGUUGUUUUUUGUUCCUGUACCUGUCAUCAUUGGAAUGGCUGUUGCUGAAGCUCUAAAAGUGGCAGCCUUAAAUGUUUCUCCACGUCUGAAGGAUGCAGAAGUUCCCUGGCAUCUGUUUGUCAUGACAAUUUUCUUCACGCUGCUCAAAUUGCCUGGCCCAUAUUACCCAUUCUGGGGUCGAAUAAUAAUCCCACACAUUGCCAAUGGCGGUUUGUUAUGGUCACUGUGGUUGGCAUUUUUGUGGUACAAAAGACCUCGAAAGGGAUCGACAGCAGCAUCAACACAUCAGUCUGAAAGUGGCAGUCAAUCUGAACCAAAUGAGCUCUAAAAUGCUUCAUGCAAAAUCACACUAGGUAGUUUCUCCCUUUUGAUAUGAUUUAGGUGUAAUGUUGUCCAAUGAAUUUUUACCAUUGAUCAAGAGCUGCUCGAAGGCAGCGUCUAUUAUUUUUAGAUCACUGUGUCAAGAAUCAAGACUAGAAGUGUUAUUACAUCAUGCAUAGAUUGUUGUAGCCCUGACUCAUCCAGAAUACGAGUCUGCUUCCCCUUGGCCUUGAAGCUCUGCCCCAUAGGGUACUAGAGAGAUGAGCCGAGGAAUUCGGAUUCAUUCACAUUCCCAUUUUGAUAUUUAGCCCCUUUGUUCCCUUUUCUUUUCAUUAGGGUGCACUCUGUAAACGUAAAUGAGAUUGUAGUUCUUAGAAUAUUUGUAUUGUUGGAUAUACAUAUCGUAAUAAUAGUA